GAGACAGGAAGCGUAUAAAGGAGGAGAGAGGGCAGGCAAGUGGAGGGAAGACGAGGAGGAAAGGAGCUCACUCACAUCUUGAUCCAGAUUACAGACCGUUCCCAAAACAGCAGAUAGCACGAUGGCUGCCAGCAGAGGCCUUCCUGUUCCCCUGGCGAUCGUCUGCCUGGUUCUCAUCAGCGGUUACUCUUUCUUGCCUGCGAUGGGAGUCGCGGCGAUGGAUCCCACGAGAUCUCCCGGGCCACAAGGGUUUACGACUGAUGACUCUUUGCCUUCUGCGGAGGAUUACGACCCAGAUAGGGAAGCAACCGAUGCCCCCAUUCUCGCCAAUACGCUGCCUCCACUCUGGGGGACGCUAUGCAACUACGAUCCCUGCCUCGAGUCUCAGGUUUCCUGUGGCGUGCUAAAAGCCAAAACCGGCUGCUCGUGUCCGGGGUUCACUACGCAAAGAGAGCCUCCGGAGAUUCCCAACCUGAAGUCAGUGUCCUGGAACGGGUCAGAGGUCGUGGUUCACUGGUGUGAACCUUAUUCGUACGUCACAGGUUACAUUGUGAGAGUAGCGGGGAAAGAGAGGCAGAGGUUUGGGAAGGACAGAAGGGCCGGCGGGGUGGGCGACAUAGAGGAAGUCUCAAAUGUUUGUGUGGUGGCAGUGAACGACGUCGCAGAGAGUGAAGAGUCCUGUAUGAUGUACCGGCCCAGGGACCACAGCCUGCCCCUGAAAGCAGGACUCAUCGGAGGAGCGCUGGGCCUCCUGCUGCUCAUCUUGCUGGCCGUCCUGCUCUGGAGGCGCAAGAGGCAAAGGAAACAGCAGGCCAGCAUCUCUAUGCGCGAGACAGCAGGGACACAGUGAACGGAUAACGGACUCGCUCCCGUGAGACUCCUCCGCUUCACACACUGCAACAUCCGAGGUUUACCGUAUACGGAGAGGAAACUCAGGAGGAAACAACGCCCGCCAUCUCACAUGUGUACACCUGACUUGAAUUGAUUGAUUAGGUCUUGUUUUAUUUUGAAAAACUCCUCCAUUGGGCGCGGUGGUUAAAGGAAGUUCACACCUCCACAGUUUGAAAAAAGGAGCCGCGGGAGAAUUCUACAAAAAUGAAACCAACAAGCAAACAAGAAAUGUUACAGGACAGAUCAGGAGAAUUUGAUCUUUUUUUUUUUUUUUUUUUGCAUUUCAAAAAGCGAGCUCUGAAAUAUCAGGUGUCGGGACUUUAAAGAACAGCCCAGCGUGCGGCCCAUGCUUGGAACGGCUAUACUGAACAACUGCUCAUUGUAGUGCAGAUCACAGAACACUCACCAGUGCAGAGAUUUAAGUGUUUAUUUAUUCCUUGAUUUCAGAAAAAUUGUCUUUGUAUCGGUGCAUUUUCCAGCAUUCCAAUAUGUUCUUAUGUGGUUUAUUUUGCUAUAAAGGAACACUUCCUCUUUUAAGUUUGUCAGGAAAAAAAAAACUUCUAAAGAUACUUGAGUUUCCUUUUUAAGAAUGUAGGUCACACGAUGAACACAAGAUGAAACUGAUCAAAAAUCUGACAAAAGCCACUGACACGCAAUUCCUGCAUUAUGUACUCCAGAUCAAAUGUAUCAGGCAACAAGACAUUUUAAAAGAUUUAACGGUAUUUUACCAGAGACAGCAGCGGAUGGGCAUGGAGGUUCAAAUGAGGCUGUAUCAUUCACGGGUUUCAUCAGAGCGCAGCAGCAGCAGACACGUCAAAACAUGCCGCGUGCAGAAAAAGGAAGAAAAGUUUGUGAUGGUUUUUUUCUUUUUGUUUUGAAACUCUCUGUGAGAGUCUCCAUUAUGUUUUGUAUUUAAUUAAAGAGUUAAUGUGUGAUGUUUUUAGGGACAAAAGUGAACGAUGUGCUUUUUUUGUGUGUGUGUGCUUUAUUUAUGAACCUUUGGUUUGUUGCCAGAGAUCAACUCAACUUGCUUUUUUCCUGGGGGACAGUUUUGUAAAAUGACGCUUUGCCUAUAUGAUAGAUAACUCAGAUAUUUAAAUGAAUUGUGCAGCUGCGACCUUUCCAUCCUGAAGUCACUAAAACGUUGGGAAGGAUCCAUCGACAUAAAUUGCUCGUCCCUGGCACAUGUAAAAAAGUCACAUGGAACCAACUACAGUUUUCUCCUCGACGUAAUGAAAAGCAAAUGAGUCUAGUUUUAUUUAUUUCAGUUCAAUUGAACUUAAAAUCCCCUGUGAGAAUGAGCUCUUCCUUUGACUUAAAAUGAGCUGGGUGGACGUACUAUACAGAGUUCUACUGACGAGUUUCUAAAGAUAAAUGAUUAGCACGUUGGCAGACUUCCCAGCAUGCAUUGUUUCACGAUGAGAGUGAUUUGACGACUGAAGUCUAAAAAAGACUGGACUGUAUGUGUAUGUGCAUGUUUAUAUAUUAAAGGGCUGUGCCGCUGAACUCAAGUGACACAUGUCCUUGGCUGUUAUUGCACCCAU